UCGGCGCUUCCCCUCACAUGCCGCUUAGCCCUUAGACUCUUCCUUGCGCCUUAGUCCCCAUUCCCACUGCGGCUUAGCUCCGCUCAGCUGUCUCUCACCGCUUCUCCACCGCACUCUCAGCACAGCCACUUCUUUCCUCCACAAUGCCGACGCCGUCACUACCGCCAUUUCGGCCGAAGUCCCGCCUCCUCAGCCUCGGCCAGCUCUUCUCUCUCCUCUUCCACUCCCACGGAUUGGCGCUGCUAUUACUGCCCUUGACCCUGCUCUCAAGCUUAGCCGCAGCUCACCAGAGCUCGUCGUCCUACGGUGCCGCCGCGCUCACGGAAUGGCGCUCCGCCCACGCCUCCUACUACGCCGUCUUCGACCCCCGCGAUACCGUCGGGGGGGCGUGCGGGUACGGGGAUUUGGGGAAGCGCGGGUACGGGAUGGCGACGGCAGGGCUGAGCGAGGCGCUGUUCGAAAAGGGAGCGGCCUGCGGCGGCUGCUACGAGGUGCGGUGCGUGGAGGAGCUUCGCUACUGCCUGCCGGGGACCUCCAUCGUGCUCACUGCCACCAACUUCUGCCCCCCCAACUACGGCCUCCCCGCGGACGCCGGCGGGAUCUGCAACACUCCCAACCACCACUUCCUCAUGCCCAUCCAGGCCUUUGAGAAGAUCGCCAUCUGGAAGGCUGGCGUCAUGCCCAUCAAGUACCGCAGGGUCAAAUGCAUAAGGGAAGAUGGUGUCCGGUUUACCAUAGAUGGCAAGGGCUUCUUCUACACAGUGCUGAUCAGUAAUGUGGCAGGUGCUGGUGAUAUUACAGCUGUGAAGAUAAAGGGGUCGACGACUGGGUGGCUGCCCAUGGGCCGUAACUGGGGCCAAAAUUGGCACAUCAGUGCUGACCUCAAGGGUCAGGCAUUAUCUUUCGAGGUCACCGCCAGCGAUGGUGUCACUCUCACCUCCUACAAUGUUGCUCCCAAGGACUGGACAUUUGGCAAGAUUUAUGUCGGGGUUUUCACAGGAUUCAGUAGAACAACAUGAGUGGUGACAAGGAAGCUCUAAAUUAAAUUUAAACCAGGAGGAAAGGAUUUAGGUAGGGCGGUUCUGAGGACUUUCAUGGGUUAAAGAAUUCAUAAUAAGAUCUAUAUUCUCUCGAGCCCCUAAUUGUUCUCAUGGCAUCCUGCAAAAUAGAUGUCAUCAAAAAUCAAUAUAUAUGAGAUUUU